AUGGCGGGCGGCGAUGAGGCGCAGUCGGCCGCCGCCGCUGAGAAGCCGUCUGAGAUGGAGCUGCUUCGGGGCAUGCUGCAGCAGCAAUUGGAGCUGGCUGCAGCGGCAGCGCGACGUGAGGAGCGGAUGGCCGCGCUGAUGGAGCGGGUGCUUCCCGGCCCGACGGCCGUGCAGGACGCCACGGCACCCGCCCAGGAGUUUGAGGCCUGGAAAGAGAAGUUCUCCGGCUACUGCCUCCUCACCGGCGUCCACGAUCUCACCGAGACUGAGCAGCGGGCCGCCCUGCUCGCCGUUCUCGACGACGACUGGGCCCGUGUGGUCCGGUUCGGCCUGCCCAUCCCGGCCGAGGCGUCCAUGGCCGAUGUGAUCACCGCCAUGCACGCCCACCUUCGGCGGCAGCGGAACGUGGUGAUCGACCGCUGCGAGUUUAACAUGCGGAUGCAGGAGCCAGGCGAGUCAGUGGACGAUUUUAUCUGCGCCCUGAAGGAGAUAGCGUCCUGCUGUGAUUUUUGCCCGAACUGCACCGAUGAUCGGUUCCGAGACCAUCUGGUGGUGGGCACCAGUGAUGACGAGGCCAGACGCCGCAUGCUGGAGCUGCCCGAUCUGACCUUCCAGAUGGCCGCCGACCUGUGCCGGGCGUCUGAGAGCGCCCGUCUCAACAGCUCGGCGAUCCGUGGCCCGGGCGAGCCGUCUCUGCGCCGUCUCUCCGAGUACCGGCGACAGCGCGGUCGGCCGAGCGGCGCGGACUCGCGCCCGGCCGACCAGACCCGGCGGUGUGACCGCUGCGGUGCCGCGCAGCACACGGACGGUCGUGCCUGCCCCGCCCUGGGUCGCACCUGCCACCGAUGCCACGAACGGGACCACUUUUCCUCGGUCUGCCGGCGUGCCGCGGGCACUGAUGAGCGGCACCGGCAGACGCCUAGUUCCGAGCGCAGCCACCAGGGCCAGGACUGGCGCCACCGUAGCGCGAGCAGCCGCCGCCAGGGGAGGGGCCGGCGCCACCGUAGCGCAAGCAGCCGCCGCCGUGGCACUGCGGCUGCCGACGCGUCGCACCGGCAGGUUUCGGUGCUGGCAGCGAAUACGACCACGAGAGACACGGCGAACCGGCAGCAGUCAGCGCCGCCGGCGGCCCGGACGCCGGGCGCGCGCCUCAACAGUGUGACGGCCCACCGAUCGCCGCAGGUACGGCUACAGCUGCACCUACCAAACGGAGUCAGGCGGUCGACCGUAUGGACGCCCGACACCGGCGCUGAGAUAUCAGCCCUCUCACUGCAACAAGCCGAGUCCAUGGGAGUGAGCAGAGCGGACCUCACGCCCUCCACAUCUGUGCUGUGGGCCGCAGACAGCCGCCGGCUGGACUGUGUGGGCACGUGCGCCCUCACCCUGCAGCUCGGUGACGUCAUACAGACCGUGCAGGUGUCCGUUCUGCGAGCACUGCACUCACCACUGCUGUCGUGGCACGAUUGUAUCGGCCUGGGAAUUCUGCCGGCGAGCUUCCCGCGGCAGAUUUGUCAGCGCGGCUCGGCAGCCGAGACUGGGACGGACGGUGGGGCACCGGAGCCGCCGCCGCCCGGUGAGCCGCCCGAGGCCCCCGCCGCCGGCAGCCAGCCCUCACUACGGCGCUGCAGCGGCACGACGGCGGCACCUGAGGAGACCCGGGACCUAAGCCGCGUCUCUGCCGCCGACCGGCCGGCCGCCAGCUCGGCCGGCGCCGACCCGACCGGGCGGCCGCCGCCGCCCGGCCGCGCGCACGGCCCGGCCGCCGGUGGCACCCCCUCCGCACGGCAGCGGCGGGCAGACUUCGACGAACUGAAAGCCGAGUUCCCGAGGGUCUUCGAUACGAAGUCGACCCUGCGGAAGAUGACGGGGGAGCCGAUGAAGAUCGAGCUGACGGACGACGCCGUCCCUCACGCUGUGACCACCGCCCGGAAUAUCCCGUUCUGUUGGCGAGAGGACGUGCGACUGCAGCUCGACGAGCUGAUGGAAAAGGACAUCAUCGAGCCGGUGGAGCACCCCACCGACUGGUGUCAUCCGAUUGUUCCGGUGGCCAAACGGUCGUCAGACGGCACAGUGUCCGGCUGCCGGCUGACCGUGGACUUCACUAAGCUAAACCGGUUCGUGAAGCGACCGACGUACCCGGUCCGCUCGCCUCAAGACGCAGUCGCCUCCGUCUCACCCGGCGCUGCGUACUUCACCAAGCUGGACAGCAAGGCGGGGUACCACCAGGUCCCCAUCCGGCCUGAAGACAGAGACCUGACGUGUUUCAUCACGCCGUGGGGCCGCUACCGGUACCUGAGGGCCCCAAUGGGAAUCGUCAGCUCUGGCGACGUGUACAACCAGCGCGGUGACGCCGCGCUCGGCGACAUCCCGCGCACGUGUAAGGUCGUGGACGACGUCCUGGCCUAUGAUGCUGACUACGCCGCCCACCUGCAGCACGUGCGGCAGAUCCUGAAGAGAUGUGACCAGCACGGCAUCACACUCAACCCGGACAAGUGUCAGUUCGCGGAAGAUGAAGUGGAAUUCUGCGGCUUCCACAUCAAUUCAGCUGGCUAUACCGCCGACGGCAAAAAAGUUCGUGCCAUCCAGGCCUUCCCCAGGCCCGGCAACAUCACCGACCUACGGUCGUUCCUCGGCCUGGUGACCCAGCUCGGCGCCUUCUCCCCAGAGGUCGCCGCCGCCGCCGAGCCGCUGAGACAGCUGCUGCGGCCGCGGAACGCGUGGCUGUGGACGCCAGCGCACGAGCAGGCGUUCAGCGCGGUGAAGAUGACACUCACGUCGCCGCCCGUGCUCGACUUCUUCGACCCUCGCCGCCGCACAGUCCUCGAGACUGACGCCGCUCGCUCCGGCGGCCUGGGCUACUGCCUGCUGCAGCAAGACGCCGCCGGCCGGUGGCGACUGAUCCAGUGCGGCUCACGCUUCCUAUCGGACGCCGAGUCGCGGUACGCCGUGAUCGAGCUGGAGCUGCUGGCCCUGGCCUGGGCCUGCAAGAAAUGCAGCAUCUAUCUCAGCGGGAUGCAGCGGUUUGAAGUCCUGACCGAUCACCGGCCGCUCAUCCCGAUCCUCAACAGUAAGAGCCUCGCGGAGAUCGAAAAUCCGCGGCUCCAGCGGCUACGUGAGCGGCUGGCGCCGUUCAACCUGCUCGCCACCUGGCGGCAAGGCAAGCUGCACGCCAUCCCGGACGCGCUGUCGCGCGCGCCGGUGGAUGACCCGGCGCCUGAGGACGAGGAAGCCGAGAGGGACGCCAGCCAUCAACUCGCCAGCGUGCUCUCACGGCUGGCCACCGACGGGGCGGACGACGGUCCCAGCCCGUUCAAAGACGCGGCGCUCACAGAGGUGCGCGCCGCCGCCGCCGCCGAUCCGGAGCUCAUCGCACUCACCGAUCUGAUCCUGAUCGGGUUUCCAGAGCACCGGUCACAGCUGGACCCGCGCCUCCGACCGUACUGGGGAGUUCGGGACCGGCUGGCCGUGGACGACGGCCUAGUGGUGUGCGGCCAGCGGCUCGUGAUACCGCCCAGUCUGCGGCGCGCCACGCUCGAGCGCCUGCACGCCAGUCACCAGGGCGUCGAGCGCACCAAACGCCGCGCGCGGCAGGUAGUCUACUGGCCGUUCCUGGACAGUGACAUUGCGAACCAUGUCGGUGCGUGCCCGGCCUGCCAGCGGUACCUGCCCAGUCAGCAGAAGGAGCCGCUGAUGCCGGAAAAGACGCCGUCACGUGUGUUUGAGGCUGUCUCCGCCGACUACUUCGUCUGGGCCGGCCGCACGUUCCUGGUGUACGCGGACCGGCUGUCCGGGUGGCCGUUUGUGUCGCACGUGGCCGGCGAGGCGACUGCCAGAGACCUGGUCUGCAGCCUGCGCCAGAUGUUCGCGGCCACCGGCGUGCCCACCACCCUCCGGACAGACGGUGGACCCCAGUUCACCGCCCGGCUCACCCGAGAGUUUCUGCGCCGCUGGGGAGUGGAGCACCAGAUCUCCACACCGCACUACCCGCAAUCAAACGGACACGCUGAGGCGGCGGUCAAGGCCGCCAAACGGCUCAUCCAGAAGGCGACUAGCAGCGGUGAGCUCGACACGGACGCCUACGCGCAGGGGCUGCUGGAACUGCGCAACACGCCGCGCGCCGACGGCCGCUCUCCGGCUCAGGUCCUGUUCGGCCACCCGCUGAGAUCGGCAGUGCCGGCGCACCACCGGGCCUUCGCCGACUGCUGGCAGCGGGCGGCGGACGACUGUGACGCCAGAGCCGCGGCGCAGCAACAGAAAACAGCCGAGCGGUACGACGCGACAGCCCGACAGCACAGCGCGCUCACCAUGGGUCAGCGCGUGCUCGUCCAAGACCCGCGGUCGGGGCUGUGGGACCGCGUCGGCGUCAUCACGGCAGUCGGACAGCGGCGCGACUACCUGGUCCGGCUGCCCAGUGGCCGAGUCUACUGGCGGAACCGGCGCUAUCUGCGACCCCAGAGAUCUCUCAUCUCGGAGGGCGCCGCCACACUUGCACCCGGGCGCCGGCAGCAGCCCGCUCCGAGCUCGGCACCCGACGGCACGGAGGAGACCGCCGCCGCUGCGCCGGCGGGCGGACAGCCGGCACCACCGGUGCUGCGGAACAGCGCCGAUGACCCCAGCUCAGUGCGCCGUGGGACGCGCCGCCGUCGCCGUCCGGCCCGACUGACCGUGCGCUGGGCGGACCAGACGUACGACUGAGUUCGUGCGUCCACACCGUGUGUGGUGUACAUUUUUUUUAUGUGUUAGACGCAAUGCGUAUUUUGUACCGACGCAUGCGUCUUGAGGGGGGGUGUUGUGAUGGGGCACGUUUUCCCUUCCCUUCAUUUGGUAUCACCCCCCGGUCAUAUGGAAGCACAGAAACAAUAAACAGUUCCAUGG